AGCCACGACUCCACGCGGUUUGUAUCGGUCGUUUGCUUCAACCACGCCCGCAGUUCACGUCAGUCCGUAACGUAAGUUUGUGCGUGGUGCUCUGUACAGGGGGGCGUAGGUUUGACCGGCUUUUCAGAGGCAGACACAAUGAACCGUCGGACGAUGUAAAGCACGCAUGUGGGCAGAAGGCACGGGCAAGUUUGGGCAGUAUAUAUUCUUAUUUUGUUUGAUAUAAUUGGAUGUUUUCGAGCAUACUUAUCAGACUUUGUGACGGUAUAGGGAUAGCUAGAAAGGUCGGUCCAAGGAGUUAGUCUGCUAAAACGAGGUCGACAUCUCUGGCUAGUCCGCUUCGACAACGACUCUGAAAACAAGACGGAAUUUUACACGAUAAAGGACUUGCUAAAGUCAAAGGUAAAACAUUAUGUCGAUGAUGGACUAUUCCGAUUACUUCGCCGCCGAAUGUCUGGUGUCGAUAUCUAGCGGUCCCGUCCUACACCGACCCACCCCAGUUGCUGCCCAGCCCCCUCCCCAGGCCCUUCUUCCUGGGGAGCCUGAAGGGUCGAACGAGGACAGGGAGGUGCGCGAGACAAUGAGACUCGAGGGUGCCAACAUGAUGAAGGUGGCCGGGAUCCUCACGGACCUCCACAGCAAGUUCCGGCCCAUGUCGGCCUACUCGGAAAGCAGCAACUCCUCGUGUGGGGAGAGCGGCUACACCACGUUGUCUGACUCAACUACCCCUACCAUGACCCCCUCUGCUACUCCAAUUCCUGGACAGUACAAUGCCACUCAGCAACAGUGGGGAGGAGGAGCGCCUCGGUCCCCAGUAAAACGACACCAGUGCACGUUCGACGGCUGUGACAGAGUUUAUGGGAAAUCGUCUCAUCUGAAAGCCCAUAUCAGAACCCAUACAGGUGAACGACCCUUUCCCUGCAUCUGGUCCGACUGUGAGAAGAAAUUUGCCCGCUCUGACGAGCUGGCUCGCCACAUGCGCACCCACACGGGCGAGAAGCGCUUCCUGUGCCCACUGUGCGACAAGCGCUUCAUGCGAAGCGACCAUCUCAUCAAGCACGCCCGCCGCCACCCCGACUUCCAGCCGUUCAUGCUGGGCCGUAAGAGCUCGUCCUCCGGGGGCCAGGGGGUGUCCAGCCCCGCCAUGGGCCAGUAGUGUGAAGGGUCAGUGGGUGCACAUCCACAUCUAGGGCUGGGAUCAGCAAGGGUCACAGGGCAAUCAGAUCCACGAGCCAGGCCCCAGCCUGUCCACCACUCACCACAAACAGGACCUGGAUGGGGUUCACCACCUCCCACCCUCGACGGACGAAGACGACACUACUCUCAAUGCUCAACACAACCUCGAUUCUCCAACCCUUUCCCUGGAAAACACUCACGCAUGCAGGGGACUCUCAAGGUCUUCAGUCCGCAGUCUCAACACGCAGCGGUCAAAUGGUUUCCUCCUUUCUCGGCUCAUUUUAAGGAGAUGGCGCUACACGCUUUUUUUUUUAUUUUUUACUGUGCCCGUUUCCUUUUUUUGUCAGCGCCAUUUUAGUGAUAUUUAGCUAGAGGCGUAGCAAGGCAGAGGUCGAGUAGAAGGGGAGCCGCUGAUCUCGCAUCCACAGUUUCAGAGGUUGCACAUUCCAUGUGUUUUUGUCGUAUGAGUUUUUUUUUGUCGUUCAAAUAAAUUUAGUUGGCUUAGGUAUGUCAUGUUUUUGCAAUAUUGUAUUUACUGCAUUAUCAUUUACAUUGCAGGCCAGCUUCACUUUCAUAGUACUGAUGAUGAAUGGUUUAAACCGCUCAAGACUAGCAGUUUGCAGGCCACCCUUAUUAAUUCUAGAUCAACUUUUUUUAUUUUUUUUGACCAUCCAUGAAACGUUGACACAUGAUACACGUUGUAUUAUGUCGGAUACCGAUGCAAAUGCUUUAAGCUUCUAUUGUAGAGAAUAUCCUUAAAUUCUAUUAGAGGAAGUAAUACUUGUGAUGAAUUGUAGUCCUUAUAUUAGGGGUGACGGAGUAUACGCUUGGAUAGGAUAGCGCUGCUUGUGCGUGUGUAAGAGAGAGUGUGUGUGUGUGUGUCUGUCUCUAUUUCCGUUUUGUUAGAGAAAGAGAAGACGCUUUCUACUAUUUUCACUGUCUGUCCAGCAAAUGGACAUUCUUACUUAAUUGUCUCAGUGAACAAACACUUCAGGAAACUCAGAAAGCCUUAAACAAUUUCAUACUUUUUUUUUUUUAUACCGUGUUUACAGUUUGAAUCAAUUCUACAGUUUUACUCCAACUCGUCGACACAUCACAAAUACACAUAUGCAAUAUGAAACUUUUUCUUGCAGGUAUUUUGAACGCUACUUGGCUAAUUUAUGUGAUAGGUAUUCACUGUAUUAAUAUGCUUCUACAAUUGAACACUGUGGAAUUUGAUAAAGAUACAAGUUAUCUCAUUAUAUUUAUUAUAACCAAUGGUUAGUAAGCCACAUUUGUCCAAGUGCUUUAGGAGGUGCUAUAAAGGAUAGAUUAGGAUUAUUACGUGUAUUUUGUUUUGUUUGUUUAUUUGCUGGUCAUUCAGGUCCUCUCUCGUCAUAAUGACUUGAUUCUAUAUAUCUGGCUUUUCUCAGACACGAUAACACUGUACUUGCAGAGCCUUGUUAAAACGGUCAUUUCUUCCACAGGAAGAUUGAAUUGCAUGACUAAGGCACCUCAUAGAGUCCCUCCAAUGUCUUCCUUCUCUCAUGUCUCCACUAACAGAUUGACUUUAAUUGUUCAUUUUUGCUGCAUUAUUUGAGCACUGUUCAUUCCAUUGUAACGGGAUGUAUUCAACUUUUUAGUUGAAACGCUUUUGCCAUUUGUACACAUUUUCACAAGUUAUUACAAUCUGACAGCUGUUGGUAACUGCGGGCAGUUAUCUCAAACACACAUGGACUAUAUAACUUCAAAGGCACAAUAUUACUUAUCAAAUACUUUUACUAUGUUUUUGAAUGAAUUGUGAAUGUCUCCAUGGGAUCUCAUCAUUUUACAAAUGCUUUUGUUUCAUUUUCUGACAUGGUGACUAAGCAAGUCUGCCUCGUCAAAAUUGUAAUUAUUCCACAAAGAGUAACAAUAAUUUACCUCACAAUUUGUUUUGUGUAAUAUUUGUCUUCCCUUGGAAAGUAGUUGGAUCAAAAUUGCUUCAAAAGCCAAUCGAGCCUUAGGUUUGAACUUCUUCUGCUCUUCAAUUGAAAACGACACUCCGCCAGAGGAAAUGUCUCUUUAGUUUGUCUUGUCUAUGUUCUUAUGUAUGCUGUGUGUACAGAGUUUUGACUGUGCUUAACACUUAUUUUUUCCCAUCGUAUUUUUACUAACCUCUGGGUGUUCAGUAGUGCUGAUCAUCAGUUUUGGCAUGCGUCUUAUACAAAUGUGCUGUUAUGUAUCACUACCCUGCACAAUAUUGAAGAUUUCAAUUUGGAUCUACUGCGUUAGAUGUAUUAAUAGAUGAAUUCUGUAACCUACAUAAGAACUUCAUAACCCAUACAUUUCAUAAACUCUAAUGUCGACAACCGCAAAUUGAUAUCUCAGUUAUGUCACCAUUUGCCGUUAACAUAGGCAUUUAUGAAACACUCAACUGCUUACAAAUGUGUAAUGUAUGGGUUAUGAAGUCCUUAUGUAGGUAACCCUUCAGAUAAAGUUACCAAUUCAUCAAUAGAGAUUUGACAAACCACUUAAACUGGCUUUGGGGGGGGGGACACAACCACAUAUCUCAAACAAUGCCUAUUGUUUCCCACCAUACACUAAUAAAAAAUAAUAGGCAUUGUGCAUACAAAACCAAUGUUUUUAGAUUUUUUUUUUACGCUACAUUUUUACAUGAAUAAUGUAAUUAUUUAAGAAACUUCUUAUUACAGCUUUGUUUUACGUCGAUAAGAGGAACUGUUGAAAUAACUGAAUACGGCUGUGACAUGCUCUCUGAUAUUUAUACUCUCAGGUGUCUUUUAAGAAUUGAGCGCUGGAACUUCCAUAUUUCCUGUGCAACACCCAAGUCUAAGCAUGUGUUUCUAUUAUUUUGCUGAUUAAUUUAUUAUGACUUAUCAUUUGUGUGGUUUCAUUCUUUUUUUCAUAGCUCAUUCUUUUUGGUGAUAUGGAACAAUGCUAAUAAUUUGGUUCCAUUGUUUGCUUGAUACAAAACUGCCAGUGCUUUUUAAAAUAAUAAAUACGAACCUUAAGUUGAA